CCACACACCGGCGCUGCGAUACUUGUCGCUGCCGCUGCUUGCUUUCCUUUCCACGGUCUACAAAGACCUCAGCUUUCCUACCCCCACUUCUUUCGUCUUCCAAAGCCUCGCCUUUUUCCUCUCCCUCGUCUUCCCUCGCUCGCCUCUCCCCCUCCAAAUCCACCCUCCCUCUCGCCUCCCAGUCCACAUUCUUCCUGCUCUGCCGCUAGCUGCUUUUGGCUGAGGAUCGGAAAUGGCAAUCGACGACGAAUCGCCGCCGCUCAGGGUCAACACCAGAGGCGGCGCCAUGGGCGGAGGGGAGUGCGGCGGGGCGGAGAACCAGCGGUGGCCGCCGUGGCUCAAGCCGCUGCUGAGGACGGGCUUCUUCGGUCAAUGCAAGCUGCACGCGGACGCGCACAAGAGCGAGUGCAACAUGUACUGCCUCGACUGCAUGAACGGCGCGCUCUGCUCCCAGUGCCUCGCCUACCACCGCGACCACCACGCCAUCCAGAUACGGAGGUCCUCCUACCACGACGUGAUCCGGGUGUCGGAGAUUCAGAAGGUGCUGGACAUCACCGGCGUGCAGACGUACAUCAUCAACAGCGCGCGCGUGGUGUUCCUGAACGAGCGCCCGCAGCCGAGGCCCGGCAAGGGCGUCACCAACACCUGCGAGGUCUGCGAGCGCAGCCUCCUCGACACCUUCCGCUUCUGCUCCCUCGGGUGCAAGAUCGUCGGCACCUCCGGCGAGUUCCGCAUCCGGAAGAAGCACGCCGCCAUCAAGCGGAAGAAGAGGCCGCAGCACAAGGUCGGCGCGGCGGCGGCGGCGUCGGACUCGGAGGGCGACUCGUCGACGAGCACGAGCGGCGGGAGCGACAAGAGCAGCGUGGUGCAGAGCUUCACCCCGUCGACCCCGCCGGCGACCGCCAACAGCUUCCGCGCCGGGAAGCGGCGCAAGGGCGUGCCGCACCGGUCGCCGUUCGGCAGCCUCAUGGUGGAGUUCUAGAGCAGCAGCAGCGCCGCCAGGCCAAUGCCGCCGUCGCCAAGAACCAGCGGUACACUACUGUAGCAUACGCGCCCUUACAUACCAUCUAUAGCUGUCGGAUCGACCGAUCUGCAUACCUAUAGCCAGCCAAAAGGAGCUAGUAAGCAAUAACGAAGGGCCCCAUUGCACGCCUGCGCUUCUGGACGAGGAGGCCGGUGCGGUGGUUACUUUCAUACUGGUUUACUCUUUACUGUGCUAGUAACAUUUGGGUUUGGUGCCAGCCUCCGAAAGGAAACGAGGUUGUUGGAGCAGUUACUCUCCUCCAUCAGUCGCUACUAAGUUUUGCAAGUUUUACUAUAGGGGGUAAGUUCCUCUAGUUUUACGAGUGCUUGAUAUAGUAGCAGCAGCUGUACAUAUAGAUAUAUACUGUCACAGAUGGGGAAUGGUUAGGAGGCUAGCUCCGGUGUUCAUAUUCGUGUGUAAUAAAAAGGAUAAGAAUGCUGCUCCUGGAUGGUGGCCUUCAAUGUCAAAUGUUUUGUUUGUUUGCUUGGUUUGA